AUGCCCUCCAUCAUGACUAGUUCUUCAUCUAAUUCCGUUAAAUCAAGUGGCUCGUCUGGAUUUGGAAAACUUCUUGCACACUCUGACAAACGCAUUCGUGAUAAAGCUGUCAAAUCUCUGCAAGAAUACUUGAUUGCAAAUGCUUCAUCAUUGUCUGAUUUGGAUAUGCUCAAACUAUGGAAAGGACUUUACUGCUGUUUCUGGAUGUCUGAUAAGCCACUUGUUCAGCAAUCUCUUGCGCAGGAUUUAGCACAGGCUGCUACAAAACUACCUAUCAGCGAAGGGCUCCGAUACAUUUGUUGUUUCUGGAAAAUUCUGAUCAAGGAGUGGUAUAAUAUUGACCGACUUCGACUGAUUAUUGAUCAUGAAUGGGACAAGGAUAUUAUCGACAAGGUUAUGAUUAUUCUAGAGCAAGGGCCACUAAGUAUCAAUGUGGCUUCUGUGCCAAAUAGUUUGCAAUACCAUACGAGCAAAGCUUUCUUUGAAGAGCUUAUCAAGGCAAUCAAGUCAGUAGAUAACGACAUGCAGCUUCCACUUGAUGCAUUUGAACGUCUGAUUGCACCGUGCUUUGGUGUGUUGGAGCGAUCAUAUAAUCAAGUUUACUUUAAACAUGUUAUUGAUGAUAUUUUCUCUCUCUGGCUCUUUAAAGACACCAAUGCUGAUGAAGACAAGUCAGCAGAUGACAUGACAUCUUCAACAGCUAUGAUGGUUCAAUCAUGCAUUUCACCCAAACAGUUGCUUGAGCGACUUGGUCUUUUGGCCAAAUCAGACAAUAUUCUUAAAAACAACAAAAAGGAACUCCACGCUUUCAACAAAACACUGGCCAAGCUAAUUGGUGUAGAAUACACCGAUCCAACUUUUUCAAUCGGUAUGAAGGCAGCUCCAAUUCCUACUGCGCGCAAAAAUGAUGAAAGUGGCAAAAAUAUGAAUUCCAAAUCCAAGAAGCAAAAGGUUACUAUGGUGGUUAUGGAUGAGGCUGUUGAAGCGUGUGCUGACAUUGCAUUGUGGAAUGUCGAUGAAGUUGAACGUGAAUCUACUAAUACUGAUUGCGAUACGGUCGUCACGACUGAUGACAAGGAUGAUGUAUCUAAAACGAUGCCAGUUCAAGAAAUGGAUAGUACUGAGACUGUAAGUAGCACAUCAUCAAAAAAGCGUAAGCGUAAAAGCAAAAGUGUGGCUAGAUUAAAUGCCACUGAAAAAUCUGAUUCCGAUGCUGCUCCAGAUUGCGAAAAUGAUGCUGCUAAAGAGUCAAAUGAGGUGUUUGAGGAUAGCGUGGCUGAGGAUGUCGAGUCGUUUGCCAUUGCUGAAUCUGUUGAUUGUGAUGACAAUGAAUUAAUCAGUGAUGCUUUGGAUGCAUCUCAACACAAAUCACCUGAUCGCAAGUCUGUCAGCUGGGGCCAGAAACUGCGUGUGAAAACUUUUUUCAAGCUUAAACCUAUUUGUGCACUGUCAGAAGUCAAAACUCCUGUUCAUCCUCCAGCGCCAAAAUCUGCCUUGAGAGAGUCGCCUGCUGUUUUUCCACCACCACCAGAGUUUGAUGGUGUAGAUAUGGAUUUUUUUGAAUCUACUCCAACAGAAAUGCUCGAUUUUGUCACUGCAUCGGCUAGAAGACCCAAUUCAAAACGAAACAAGAAGAAUAAAAAGGGCAAGCAAAUGCGCAAGUAG